UUGGAAAUCCAACCCCGAUCGAAACCGCAUUUGCCUCGUCGCCGGCUCUCCUUCUUCUCCGCGAGUUCGCACCCUCGUCUGGCUCUCGCGAGGCCCUUCAAAUAUGUCCCUCUCCUCCGCCCACGUCCCCUCCUCCUUCGAGGCUCCGGACGGAACCGCCGCUCCCUUCCCAAACCAGGGACUCUGGCCCCUCCGCCGGUUCCUCCCCCCUCUUCUCGUCGCUUCCAUCCCCUACAAACGAGGGCUGCAAUCUUUUUCGCCUAGAUCUUGUUUCGAUCCCUCGUUCGGAAAGAUUGAAACUUGGAAGCCUUUGGGGUUGAUCGGAAAGUUUGUUUAAGACCUCCGCCACAGUUCUCCGCCUCCUCGUUCCUUCCAUAAAAACCUUAUUUUUUUUGUUUCUCAUUCUCCUCUUUCGAUCCUCUUCGAUCCUGCAAUUUGUUCCGGUGGUCGGAAAGACUGGAGCUUUGGAGCUUUUGAUGCGAAUCUGGAUGCUCGCCUGGGGCAUGCCACCUGUUUGACGGAAUGCCGGUGUGGGUGCUUGCUAUGUGAUUUGAGGUACGAUCGAAGGGAAAUCCGAUCGCGGUUUUCUGAAUCAUGAGCUGCUUGCCUUGUUUCCAAUCUGACUCCAACAACGACCCACCUGAAGCAGCAGCUGGAGGUGGUGCGCCUGCCGACAACUCCAAUGAAGCAAAUGAUGCUGGCAAUAGUAGUAAUGCUGCAAAGACAUUCACGUUUCGCGAGCUAGCCACUGCGACAAAGAAUUUCCGUCCUGAUUGUCUCUUGGGUGAAGGAGGUUUUGGUCGAGUCUACAAAGGUUCCUUAGAGAGCUCCGGGCAGACCGUGGCUAUUAAGCAACUCGACAGGAAUGCUUUAAACAAAGACUUCCUGGUCGAAGUCCAAAAGUUGUGUCUUCUUAAUCAUCAUAAUCUUGCCAACUUGAUUGGAUAUUGUGCCGAUGGUGAUCAACGACUUUUAGUCUACGAGUUUAUCCCUUUGGGCUCGCUAGAAAACCAUUUGCUAGAUCUUUCAUCUGAUCGAAAACCGCUCAGCUGGCAAGCUAGGAUAAAAAUAGCUUAUGGUACCGGACAGGGUCUGGAAUACUUGCACGAGAAAGCGAAACCCCCAGUUAUCUAUCGAGAUCUCAAGGCGUCCAACAUUCUGCUUGAUGAAGAUUUCACCCCAAGACUUUCUGAUUUCGGGCUUUCGAGAUUGGGGCAAAUGGGCGAGCUGAUGGGUUCAUACGGUUACAGUGCACCCGAAUAUUCGAGUUCGGGUCAACUAACUGUCAAGUCGGAUGUGUACAGCUUCGGAGUACUUAUUCUGGAACUAAUCACAGGGAGGAGAGUCAUGGACACCACUAAACCGACAAAUGAACAGAAUCUAGUCUCUUGGGCGAUGCCCAUGUUCCGGGACCAAAAACGAUACCCCGAGCUGAUUGAUCCGCUUCUCGACGGAGAUUUUAAUCUAAAGGAACUGAAUCAACUCGUUGCGGUUGCUGCAAUGUGCCUUCAAGAAGAAUCAACCGUUCGACCAUUGAUGACCGAUGUAGUGAUGACGCUAAGCUUCCUUACGACAGGGCCUAGUUCAUCGCCACCUGAAGAUUGUUGAUGUUCCUAAUGGAUUCAUAUUUUUUUCUUCCCGCCUAGCGAGAGAUUCUCUUCUGUGUUGCCAAAUGAA